UGCGCCCUACAACUUGCUCCUCGCCUCAACCACAGUAACAACAAAUGGCCAAGUUGCCGCGAGUUGUGCCCACCGCAAUCUCGCUUGUCCUAGGUGUAUAAUAGGUGCCCGGCAACCUCUCUCUCCCCCAAGGGGCCAUCCGGCGAUCUUUCUUUCUUCUUCCUUGCCGACCUCUCUGGUCUCUCUCUGCAAGCUCCUCCUCGUGUCUAAGAAGCCAAGAAGAGCUUAGCUUGAGGAUCGGCAGGGUAGCGAGAGAGCUUACAUAAUGCCGUGCACAUCCCUACGGCCGUCGCCGCCGCAGCGCGCCCGGAUCGCUGGCGGAGGUGGAUGCGGGUGGAAAGCGGCGGCACACGCGGCGUCGUGCGUGGCGGUGCCGGCAGAGGUGGCGCGGCACCACGAGCACGCGGCGGGGGGCGGGCAGUGCUGCUCGGCCGUGGUGCAGGCGAUCGAGGCGCCCGUGGACGCGGUGUGGGCGGUGGUGCGGCGCUUCGACCGGCCGCAGGCGUACAAAAACUUCAUCCGGAGCUGCCGCCUCGUGGACGGCGACGGCGGCGAGGUGGCGGUGGGUUCCGUGCGCGAGGUGCGGGUGGUCUCGGGCCUCCCCGCCAUCAGCAGCCGCGAGCGGCUGGAGAUCCUCGACGACGAGCGCCGCGUGCUCAGCUUCCGCGUCGUCGGCGGAGAGCACCGCCUCUCCAACUACCGGUCGGUGACCACCGUGCAUGAGACCGCGGCCACGGGCGGCGCCGUUGUGGUGGAGUCGUACGUCGUGGACGUGCCCCCCGGGAACACCGCCGACGAGACCCGCACGUUCGUCGACACCAUCGUUCGCUGCAACCUCCAGUCGCUGGCGCGCACCGCCCAGCAGCUCGCCCUCGCCGCCUAGCUUCAUAUGCCGGUCCUGACCGACCGGCGGCCACCGGCUCGUGCCGGUUUUUUAGGAGGUCAUUGCUUAUUGUUUCCUGACAUGUUGUGUUGUUUGCCUCUUUUGAGGCGUCUGGCCGAUGGAUCGGCAUGUGUGGUUCAAGCUUAUGUUUUCAUUUUCGUUUUGCUAGCUAGUGCUGCGCGAUUAACUCCCCCCUUGUUCAUACCGCGUACACAUGAUGUAUAACUUAGCUUUCUACAGCUUGAUUUGUUGGUGGAU